AUGAGCCGGCAGUGCUUCAGUUCCCGGUCCCUUAAUGGAAGACGGCUAUCAUCUGGCUCGGCCAUCAGCAGUGGAUUUAGGGGUGGCAACAGCCUGUCUUCCAUCUGCUACACCGGAGGAGGCAGAUGUGGCGGCUACAGCAGCAUAAGCCACUAUAAUAUCGGCCGUAGCAGAAGACUUUCUGGUGGAAGCCUUGGUGGAUACGGAGGAAGUUCUGGUGGAUACAGUGCAGGCUUUAGGGACUUCAGUGGCUUGGGCUAUGGUCCUGGGCCAUUGGGUUAUGGCUUUGGGCCCGUAGGGUAUGGCGCUGGCAUUGGCAGGCCUGGAGGCUUUAGUAGUCGAAGUGCAGGGGCCUAUGGCACACCUGGAGGUGUCAGCAGCCAAAGCCUUGGAGGCUACGGUGGCGAAGGAAGUGGUAGCUAUAGAUAUGGUGGAUUCAGCAGCCGAAGUUUUGGUGGUGUUUGUGGCAGAGGCUAUAGGACACUUGGCUUUGGCAUCCCAAGUCUGGGUGGUGGUGUGUAUGGCAGCAGAAGCAUUAUUUGUGGCCGUCCUGUUUGCGGGGGUUUGGGCUAUGAGCCCAUUGGCCGCUUUGGUGACUCCAGGGGGAUCCAGUCAGUCAGGAUCAAUACAAACCUCCUGAGGCCCCUUUGCAUACAGGUUGAUCCAGAGAUCUCUAGAGUGAAGGUGGAGGAGCGUGAGCAGAUCAAAUGCCUCAAUGACAAGUUUGCCUGCUUCAUUGAUAAGGUGAGGCACUUGGAGCAGCAAAACAAGCUUUUGGAAACCAAAUGGAAUUGCCUGCAGCAACAGGGGCCUGUUGAGAAGAAAACCAUUGACCACCUGUUUGAGAACUACAUUGCAACACUGAGGAGGCAGCUAGAUCUUUUGCUGAAUGAGCGGGAGCAGCUGCAAUGUGAGCAAGCUAAAUUCCAGGAUGUGGUUGAAGAGUACAAAUGCAGGUAUGAAGAAGAAAUCAACCGGCGUAUGGCUGCGGAAAAUGAAUUUGUGUUGCUGAAAAAGGAUGUGGAUUGUGCUUACACUGGCAAAGUGGAGCUGGAGGUGAAAGUGGAAGCCUUAAGACAGGAGCUGGAGUUCCUCAGAUGUGUCCAUGAAGCAGAAAUAGAAAGCUUACAGACAACAACGGCUGACACCAAUGUUGUUGUGUCUAUGGACAACAACCGAGAGCUGGACAUGGAGGGGAUCAUUAACUCUGUGAGGUGUCAGUAUGAGGAGAUUGUACAGAGGAGCAAGGACGAGGUCAACGCUCUUUAUGAAACCAAGUUCAAAGAUCUGCAGUCCACCUGGGGGCAUCACUGUGACGCUUUGGCUAAGGGCCGCCAAGAAAUCCAGGACCUGACUCGCCUUAUCCAGCGACUUAAGGCUGAUAUGGAAAAUGCCAAGAAACAGAUUGAUGUAUUACAGACAGCUAUUGCUGACAAUGAGCAGCGUGGCGACUGUGCCCUGAAGGAUGCCAAGGCAAAACUUGCGGAGGUGGAGAAUGCCCUGCAGUGCUCUAAGGAUGAACUUGCCCGCAUGCUAAGGGAUUACCAGGAAUUGCUGAAUGUUAAGAUGGCUUUGGACAUUGAGAUUGCUAUGUACAGGUCACUUCUGGAAGGAGAAGAGAGCAGGAUAAGUAGUUCUACUCCAGUUAACAUAGCUGUGUUGGGUUGCUCCAACAUCUCUCCAGGUGGUGGAGCUGCAUAUGGUGGUACCUUGGGAGGAAGUGGAUUUGGAAGGAGACGUGUCUAUGGGCUUGGAUCAGAAGGACAAAGUGGCAGCGGCGGAGGAGGAUUCAGCUCCAGAAGUGGAAGGCUGAACUACAGAACUGGAUUUAGCUCUAGAAGUGGAGGGUACCAAUCGAGAUGCACAAUGAGCUCUGGAUUUGGGCAAUGCAAUAGCAGCUGUGUGGCUCCCUGUGGACCUAGGGAUUGUGGCUUAGGAUCUGCAGGAAGUGGAGGUUUUAGUUCUAGGAGCAGAGGAUACAGUUCCAGAAGCGGGGGUUGCAGCGCAAGUGGACCGCGCAUUUCCUCAGCUGGUGGAGGCUACACCACUGGGAGCACAGGAGGCUGUGGAGGAGAGGCCUACACCUCUGAGUGUUCAAGCGGUGGCUACGCCACUGGUGUCGCUUCUUCCUCUAAUGCCGGAUGCAGCAGUGGAGACACAAGACGCAACUCUGGAAGUGGAUGUCAAACAGGGUAUGGAGGAAGCUGCUCCAUCAUCAGAUAA